UGUUGCCGCAAGCCACCCCUGCGCCGGCCCCUCGGCCCGUCAAGCCGCGCCCGAAGGCGACGCCAACGUCUCCGCGGCCAUCUCGCUGGCUCCUCGAGAGCUGGUCCAUUUUGCAGAUUGCGGGCGGCCUCAGCUUCGUCGUGUUUGUGCUGGCGAUGCUUAGUGUACUCUACGAGCAGCAAGUCCAAGGCGGGUAUCCGUUCACGCCCCGCAAGAAGCCGCGGCACCCUGGGUCGUCGCGUCGGCCGUCGGGACUGCGCCCUGCGCCGGGCCUCGAUCGCAUCACGCGCAACAUGAACCAAGUCGACUUUAACAGCCUCGAGGAGGAGGACGACGACGACGAGAACACCCGCGGCAGCUACUACGCGACCGAGGGCGAGCUCUUGACACCGGUGCCUGUGCGGCGAUCCCGGCGGCUGCACUCUGGCGCUCCCAGCGUCUACCUCGGUUAG